AUGCUCAUCCCUAUCCUACUCCUACUUCAAACAGCUCUCGCCUCUCCCCCUCACUGGCCUCUAUACGGCCAAGGCGGCGUCGAUCUCAAGUUGGAGAACGUCCCUGGUGACCUCGCUGCUUUCGUGGAUAUCAACGGUGAUAAACUCACUGAUCUCGUCUUUGUGGAUCGUCUUAAAAUUCACUUUUGGGUACGUAAACCGGACGCCUCUUUCGAAAUUUUCCGGACUAUCGAUCUAGCGACAGAGUCUCACAACAUCACCGGUUUGAGCGUUUACACGGUCCUUCCGCUGGAUUGGAAUUUCGAUGGUAAAAUGGACGCCUAUGUGCUUAUGACUGACGGAGGAAGGGCACCGAAAUUCACAAUUUUGGCCCUGGAAGGCGACGACAAUUUUGAUCUUCAUCUCAAGUGGAUGUCCACUCAGCCCAUCAUAAGGGAACCCAUCAUCUUGGACAUCGACGGUGACGGUAGUUUCGAAUUACUCGGUGAAAACGGUGACGUGUGGUUCGGAAACGGUACGUUCGUGGAAGCAUAUCUCCCUGGACUUCCUUCACUAUCUAAGCACCAUUCCUCCGCGUGGGUUGACCUUGACGGAGACUGCCAGAAUGAUAUAGUCUUCGAUGUGGUUACUGAGGACGGCUCGCGAGCAUUGGAAAUCUGGUUGUGGAAAGCAGAAGAUCGCUUUUAUCAUAAGCUCCCAAGGCGAGUGCCGCUUACUCAAGCGACAGAUUAUGUUACGUUCGCUGACUUCACAGCUACUGGGACUAACGACGCCCUUUUGGUUCAAAGCGAUGGGACUAUACACCUCUAUGAGAACACACAAAUGCCUUUAUGUAAGACUAGUGGGCAACAUAAUUGUCGUUCGAACGCUUGGCUGUGCACGCCCGACCCGAACUUCAAAUUGGGCGGGUACGUCCUCAACGGAACAGACCCGUCUGAGCCGAUCAUAUACCGUCUUGGGCAAGUCGCUAAUAUGCAGUCGGGCGACGCCUAUUCACCGGUUAUAGUAGGGGACGUUGAUGCGAACGGUUUGCCGGAUCUGCUGGUUGGGACCACUACGGGGGCAUGUUUGUUGUGGAACCUUCGACCGAGUCACGAAGGCCUCCCACCAGAGACUAUUCUCGACUGCAGCGACGGUGGGCAGGCAGGAUCACUAGCGCUAGUUGAUAUUCGACAGACACGAGCUGAUGACUAUCACAGUAAAGAGGAUGACAAGACGGGAGGAGGUGCGACAGGAUUGGUGGUGAUGAUAAUUGACGAGUACGGUAACGGCCACGUAUACACUCCUAAGGCGCCACAGAGUGGAAGUAGUGGGAAGAGCAUCACUGAUGAGGUUUCUCAUCAGUACUACCUCAAAGCUCUGUCAAGGAAUGGUGCUUGUGACAAGGGCUGCUAUGGCGUGUCUACGCCCGGUGCCACAUUUAAGAUUACGGUACUUUCCCUUUCUGGGGAGGAGUCCGUUCGGACGGCCAGUCCUAAUGCGGUGGGGCUUAGGAGGAGCCUUGGGCUUCCUUAUGCUUAUGUUGGCCUGGGCGACACCAAUAACUACAUCCCUCGUCUCGCGCUGGGUUAUGCUGGCCAACAGUCUUCAUGGGUCUCCCUCGUGCCGAAUACGUUUGUCGUUGCUAACCCCUACCCGUUGGACGAUCCGCAUAAGUGGACGGUGGAACUCGCUAUAGCUCCGUCGCGGUAUUUGCCCAUGAUUAUAGCGAUGGCUGCGGGUGCUCUGGGUGUGUUGGGAUUCGUUAUAAUGGUGCUUGAUGUGGUUGAACGGAAGAGGGAGAGUCGACGAGAUGCGGAGCAGUUCGGUGCUGAUUUUCUGGGCGCGUGA